CCACUCAGUAGUCACUACUACUCAGACACUGAAAUAAACAAAGACGAGAUGGGAUUCCAUUGUACUAAUGAAAAUCAAACCACAAAAUCAAAAUACGACUAAAAGGUACUGAUAAAUAUGUGACAUGAAAUGCGGAGAAAGUAACUGAGAGGAAUCGUGGCGGUCGUGGUGGUGAUGGGGUUGGGCUUUUUGCCGUUAGAAUCUCUCCCUCAACUUUCUCUCUUCGAACCAAACACAUUACACAGAGAGAAUUUGUGUUUCUGUCUACCUUUGGAAUUGUGCUACCUUUACAAUUGAGCUUACCUUUAGAAUUGGUUUUGAUUACUUUUGUUAUAUACGGGGACACUCCAUCUGUUGCUUCGUUAAAUCAAAUAGGACGAAGAAGGCAAGGAGUGCUGCUUUCUUCGCUUGCAGAAGAUUCCAUUCCCAUUCUCAAGCUGUCUUCGUUUAAAGCAUGUUCUUUCAUCAAGCUUCAGUACUGCUCUUUUGACUGGCGACCGCUACUUUCUUGGGUUUCUUCUAAGUAGUCUUCUGUACUAUAUGCUGUAUACUUGCAUCGGCUAUCAUUUUCUGCCAUUACUAGAUGGGGGAUCAUUUCGUGUUGCUGAUGGAUCGGCUGCUCACUGAAUCUACUCUUGAAGCUGCUAUUGAGAGCAAAAACUUGAAGCAAGCCAUGCCCUCAGCAAGCCAAAAUUGUUUGAGUUCUUCCUAUAGGAUGGAUGUCAGUACUAAUAUAUGUCCAAGUAAAUUGGUAGAAUGUAGGAUUUGCCAUGAUGAGGAUGAAGAGUCAAACAUGGAGAUGCCCUGUUCUUGCUGCGGCAGCUUGAAGUAUGCGCACCGUAAAUGUGUUCAAAGGUGGUGCAAUGAGAAGGGUGACACCAUCUGUGAGAUUUGCCGUCAGCAUUAUGAGCCAGGUUAUACAGCACCUCCGCCUCUAUUUCACUAUGGUGGCAUUCCAAUAAAUCUCAGCGGAAAUUGGGAGAUUUCCAGAAGGGACCUGCACGACCCUCAAUUUAUACCAAUGGUUGCUAGUGAUCAUGAGUUUUUAAACACUGACUUUGAUGAAUAUUCAACUCCUUCAAGAAGCUUGAUUUGCUGCCGUGUAGUUGCUAUAAUUUUUAUGGUUCUUCUAGUUUUACGGCAUACUCUACCAAUCAUAAUCAGUGGAGCUGGAGAAUACUCAUUGACAUUGUUCACGUUACUGAUGUUAAGGAUCAUUGGGAUUCUUUUGCCAAUCUAUAUUAUGGUAAGAGCAUUCACUGCUAUCCAGCGUCGACGACACCAUCAGGAUCCUCACUUCUCCCUUGUCACUUCUCCUUAUCUCGAUUAAAGAAAUCCUAAAGUACUCACGUCUGCAUUGUGGAUUUUCUCAACAAUCUGCUCGUUCAGAUUUAGAAGCCAGGUUGAAGAGGAGACGCUCAAGAUGAUUGGUGCAAUAGUACCACUUUUGCCUGAAGGAAGCCUUUUAACUAGCUGCAUCUAUUUAUUAUAUAAUGACAGCUCCUUAUACGAAUUAUGAAGUAUUAUUGUUAAAGACUUAAAGCGACAGUGAAGUGUAUAUAUGAAUGGCAAUGCUGCUUUGAAAAUUGCCAAUGGGAAAGCCAAAAUUAAAGGGGCAUAUAAUGUUUGAUAGAGAGCUGGCGAUAAAUCGAAUCAAUGGUUAAUCCUGGUAAUGCGGGAGUACCAGAAACGACUUUUGACCCAUACGCAGAACCCCCGCCCCUUCAACUUCUACUUGAAUACUUAGUUUGUUCCUCUC